AUGGUCUUGAUUGGCUGGCGGAAGUCCCACCCAAAAACCCCCCUUAAGGGAACUGCUGCUCUCAGUCAGGACAGCGCUUUUCUCCAAAAGCAAAUCAUCAAGGUCCCGCACAUGGCCGACUCGAUCACCGAAGGCACGCUCAAGGCGUGGGCCAAGCAGGUCGGCGAGCAGGUCCAGCAGGACGAGGAGGUUGCGUCCAUCGAGACUGACAAGGUCGACAUCCCCGUGAACUCGCCCAUCGCCGGUGUUAUCCGGGAACUGCUCGCUAACGAGGAGGACACUGUUGUUGUCGGCCAGGAUCUGUUCAAGAUCGAGGAGGGCGCUGUCGCCGAGGGCGGUGCUGCCCCGGCCAAGCCCGCAGCCACUGAGCCCGAGGCCGCUGCUCCGGCUGCUGCUCCUACUCCAGCCGCGCCCACCCCGGCAGCUGCUGCACCCACUCCUGCGCCUGCAGCUCCGGCUCCGGUGGCCAGCAAGCCGGCGGCAGCCUCGGCUCCCAGCCCGGUCACAUUUGGAGCGCCGAACCGUUCGGAGCGCCGGGUGAAGAUGAACCGCAUGCGGUCGCGUAUCGCCGAGCGGCUGAAGCAGUCGCAGGACACGGCGGCGUCGCUGACGACAUUCAACGAGAUUGACAUGACGAAUCUGAUCAACCUGCGCAAGACGUACAAGGACGAGGUUCUGAAGACGCACGGCAUCAAGCUGGGCUACAUGGGAGCGUUUGUCAAGGCCAGCACGCACGCGCUGCAGUCGGUUCCCGAGGUCAACGCCAGCAUUGACGGCGACCACUUUGUGUACUACGACUACUGCGAUGUCAGCGUGGCGGUGGCUACGCCCAAGGGCCUGGUGACGCCGGUGCUGCGUAACACCGAGGCGAUGUCGAUUGUGGAUGUGGAGCAGGAGAUUGCCAACCUGGGCAAGAAGGCGCGCGACAACAAGAUCACGGUGGAGGACAUGGCGGGCGGUACGUUCACGAUCUCCAACGGCGGAGUGUUUGGCUCGCUGUACGGAACUCCGAUCAUCAACAUGCCCCAGGCGGCGAUUCUCGGCAUGCACGCCAUCAAGGAGCGCCCCGUGGUUGUCAACGGCAAGAUCGAGAUCAGGCCCAUGAUGUACGUGGCGCUGUCGUACGACCACCGCAUCAUCGAUGGCCGUGAGGCUGUGACCUUCCUGGUCAAGAUCAAGGAGGCCAUUGAGGACCCGCAGCGCCUGCUGCUCAACAUCUAA